GAGCUAUGAGCACAGAGAUUAUAGAAUAUGGAAACAAAAAGAGGAAAUAAAAAUUUCUCUUUUUUCUUCUUUGGAUUAAUUUAAUUACACCCUUUUCUUUUUCGCCCAUUGCGGCGUGGACUUUUUGUUGUUUCAGCUCAAUUUUCAGAUCCCGAUAUCCAAAAAACCCAACUUUUGGUAUAUUCCAGAAACCACUGUUUCUGAUUUCAUUACUUUUCCGUUUGGAUUCAUGGGUGAGGAUGAUGAACAGCCGCCGCCGCCGCCGCUGCCCUCGAAAUCUAAGUCUUUUCCGUUGAGACCCACUAUUAAUCUGCCACCACGGACUUCUAUGGAGUCCCUCUUCAGCAGUGGCCCGGGUUUGGGAUUUGGGUUCAGCCCAGGUCCGAUGACUCUUGUCUCCAGCUUCUUCUCUGAUUCCGACGACUGCAAGUCUUUUUCUCAGCUCCUCGCCGGAGCUAUGGCAUCUCCGGUGACUGCCGUUCCUUCGUCGUCGUCUGAGUUUAAGGCUUCUCCCGGUUUGCUCGAUUCUCCGGGGCUUCAAGGACCUUUUGGAAUGACACAUCAGCAGGCUUUGGCUCAGGUUACUAUGCACGCUGUAGAAGCCUAUUCUCUUAAUCAAAUGCAAGCCUCGUCUUUUUCUUCAUCGGUAGCACCUUCUGCAUCCUCCUUGCAGCUUUUGACAUCCUUACCGGGAGAGAAGACUAAUGAUCAGCUGAUGCAACUUCCAUUCCAGAACUCUACAGUUGCAUCCAAGGAGAUAUCGGAGAACUCUCAAUCAGAGCAGAGAUUGCAAUUGUCUUCGUGUAAUGUUGAUAGACCUGCUGAUGACGGAUACAAUUGGAGAAAAUAUGGACAGAAACAAGUGAAGGGCAGUGAAUUUCCUCGAAGCUACUAUAAGUGCACGCACCCGAAUUGUCCUGUCAAGAAAAAGGUUGAAAGAUCUUUGGAAGGACAAGUUACUGAAAUUAUCUACAAGGGUGAGCACAACCAUAAACGGCCUCAACCAAAUAAGCGAGCAAAGGAUGUUGGAAAUUCUAAUGGAUAUUCAAUUAUUCAUGGAAAUCUUGAGCUAUCUUCUCAAGUUCAGAGUGGAUAUUUGAAUAAAUUGGACGAGGAGACAUCUAUCUCUUCCAUUAGAAAGAAGGAUCAAGAAUUAAGUCGUGUCACAAACGAUCAGUUCUUGGGCAAUAGUGAUGGUGAGGGAGGGAGUGAGACAGAAACUGGAGUGAACCGAAAAGAUGAAGAUGAACCUGCUGCCAAGAGACGGAAUAUUGAGGUUAGAAAUUCUGAGCCAGCAUCUUCUCAUAGAACUCUAACAGAAUCCAGAAUCAUUGUGCAGACAACAAGUGAAGUUGAUCUAUUGGACGAUGGUUACAGGUGGCGUAAGUACGGGCAGAAAAUUGUUAAGGGAAACCCUUACCCAAGGAGCUAUUAUAAAUGCACAACUCCAGGAUGCAAUGUUCGUAAACAUGUAGAGAGAGCUUCAACAGACCCAAAAGCUGUCAUCACGACAUACGAAGGUAAACACAAUCAUGAUGUUCCACUUGGUAAAACCAGCAGCCACAGUUCAGUCAGCAGUAACAUUUCUCAGUUAAAAUCACAAAAUAUAGUUACUGAGAAAAAAAAUUCAAGUAACAACACCGAUCGUGGGAACUCUCGUCAACAGCCCACCGGACUCUUACGGUUGAAGGAAGAACAAAUAACAUAGUUUCAUCAACUUAUGAGCAAAAGAAAUCAGAAAUCAUCAUGAUAAUAUAACUUCACUGGCAGUUUCUCUCUGCUUGUUUUAUAUUUCCCACUUCAAAAGCCAUACAUUACAUCAAUACCAUUUUGUUCACUUGUUCAUAUACAGUUAAAAAGGAGAAGAGAACAGAAGAAUUUACAAUAUGAGGAAUUAGAUUGUAAUGGUUAUUGUAUGUAAGAUAGAUACCUGAAAGAAUAUACUGUAUCAAAUGUACCUUUGCAUUCUUUUGUAAAUGGAAUACAGGUAUAUGAAUCUAUAUUAUUCACUCAUGAUUCUGAUCUGUUCCAUCUUAAUUAUAGUGUGAACAAACUCUCUCUGGUUUUUUUA